CUUACAGUGUGAUCGUCGGUGUUCAUGAACAGGCAGGCUGAACCGGCAACGACGAAACCGAGGAGAGAAGAGGAACCGGUGGACACACAAUCCACGGAAUGAGAUUUACCUAUGGUUGUUUCUCAAAGAUCAUCCGUCACUAACACUCCGAAAAUUAAAGCCAGAGCCUGAGCUGCAACUUUUGAAUAGCCUUGUCCAUUUCUGAGGACCGUCCGCUCCACUGCCGGGGAAAGAAAGAGGCCGUUGUUCCAGUGACCCCGGCGUGAGAAGAGGAGUGUGUGCUUAGUGUGUGAGCGGCUCUCCCUAUGUGUGUCACAAUGGGAGACAUCAGUGACCUGGACCGACAGAUAGAGCAGCUCCGACGCUGUGAGCUCAUUAAGGAAAAUGAAGUCAAAGCGCUGUGUGCUAAAGCCAGAGAGAUUCUUGUUGAAGAAAGUAAUGUCCAGAGAGUAGACUCUCCUGUCACAGUGUGUGGUGAUAUCCACGGUCAGUUCUAUGACUUAAAAGAGCUGUUCAGAGUUGGUGGCGAUGUCCCAGAGACAAAUUAUCUCUUCAUGGGCGAUUUUGUGGACAGAGGCUUCUACAGUGUGGAGACGUUCCUUCUUUUGCUAGCUCUUAAGGUGCGUUAUCCAGACAGGAUAACCUUGAUUCGGGGUAACCACGAGUCACGCCAAAUCACCCAGGUCUACGGUUUCUACGACGAGUGCCUCCGUAAAUACGGCUCAGUCACUGUGUGGAGAUACUGCACGGAGAUCUUCGACUACCUGUCCCUGUCUGCUAUCAUCGAUGGCAAGAUCUUCUGUGUGCACGGCGGCUUGUCUCCUUCCAUCCAAACACUGGACCAGAUCAGGACCAUCGACAGAAAACAGGAAGUACCUCACGAUGGGCCGAUGUGUGACCUCCUGUGGUCGGACCCUGAAGACACUACGGGGUGGGGCGUGAGUCCCAGAGGUGCCGGCUACCUCUUCGGUAGCGACGUUGUUGCUCAGUUCAACGCUGCCAAUGACAUCCACAUGAUCUGCCGAGCGCACCAGCUGGUCAUGGAGGGCUACAAGUGGCACUUCAACGAGACGGUGCUCACCGUGUGGUCGGCACCAAACUACUGCUACAGAUGUGGCAAUGUGGCAGCCAUCUUGGAGCUGGAUGAGCAUCUACAGCGGGAGUUUAUCAUAUUCGAAGCAGCGCCACAAGAGACCAGAGGCAUCCCCUCCAAGAAGCCAGUAGCCGACUAUUUCCUGUGAAGUUUUUCAGACAAAGAAAAGAAAAAAAAACAGCCAUGAUGUGUUGAAAAACCUCCCACACCAUUUCACCACCGGCCUCCUGCUCCUCCAUCCUGCUGCUGGACGCUCCUGUCAGUCCGAACUCAGGGCAGUAAGACGAGAAGACCUGCUGGACCCCUCCACGAGCCGGAUUUUUGCCGCGCUGUCUGAGCCUGACAGAGCAGUCACUGUGAAAGGUGCCGGGGGCGAGGCGGGUAACGGGGCCCAUGACUGUUGUCUCUUCACCUCAGAUCCAAACAAACGGCCAUUUUCUUUCUCCCCUCAGCCUCCUUCCAUCGCCUCCUCUCUCUUUCUGUAGAUACCACCUCCUCUGACUUAACCACCUCCUUUAGUUGUUUUUUUUUAGUUUUAGAAAUAAUUGGAAGGAGUUUAAUCUUUUCUUUUUCUCCCAAAGUUUGCAGAUUUAGGAACAAUUUUAUCAUUCAAGGAAUUCCUUCGAUGCAUACGUUGUCUUUUUGUUUUUUUGAUUUUUGUAUAAUUGUUGCUGCCAGGAUUGAAUGCAAACUGCUCUUUUGUUUCUGUUGAACUGUCAUGUGUGUCACUAUUUAACAAAGGCGGUGCUGCCGACCAGCAGCGUCACAAACAAACACCAGAAGUGUAAAGACUGGCCUCCAGGAGUCACUAUAUUCACCAAUGUUUUCUCUCUUAAUUCAUCUUAAUCUACAAAUCUCCGUAGGUCUGUCAUUUUUGAUAUUGUGAGAAUAAAGUUUUUGUAUCAAUGAUGAA